AUGGCCGGAAAUCAGCGCAAGAGCAGCGGCGGCGCCAGGGUGUGCGUGACCGGAGCCACUGGGUUCGUCGGCUCCUGCCUCGUCAGGAAGCUCCUCGACGCAGGCUACACCGUCCACGCCACCAUGCGAGGCACCGGAGACGAGGAGAAAGUGGGGCGGCUGCGGCGGCUGCGGCGGCUGGUGGUCCCCGGCGGUGUGGCGCCGGAGCGGCUGGUGCUGUUCGAGGCCGACCUCUACGACCCCGCCACCUUCGCGCCGGCCAUCGCCGGGUGCCAGUCCGUCUUCCUCAUCGCCACGCCGUUCGCGGACGGCGCCGCGGAGGCGGCCGUGGGCGCGGUGCGCGCCAUCCUCCGGCAGUGCGCGGAGUCCGGGACGGUGAGGCGCGUCAUCCACACCGCCUCGAUGUCCACCGCCUCGCCGCUCACCGCCGCCGGGUACAAGGAGUUCAUCGACGAGUCGUGCUGGACUCCGUUCGACGUCGAAUACCCUCUCCGGAGCGCGGACUUCGAUAAGUACAUGCUGUCGAAGCUCCUGUCGGAGAAGGAGCUGCUGAGCUACAACGACGGCGAGGACCCGGCGUUCGAGGUGGUGACGCUGCCCUUGGGCCUCGUCUCCGGCGACACGCUCCUGGGGCGCAUCACGGAGGCGCUGGAGGUGGCCGUGUCGCUCCUGGGGCGCAUCACGGAGGCGCUGGAGGUGGCCGAGUCCCGCUUCGGGUUCAUGAGGCUGCUGCAGACGGUGGCGGGGUCGGUGCCGCUGGUGCACGUGGACGACGUCUGCGCGGCGCUCGUCUUCUGCAUGGAGCGGCCGUCCCCCGUCUCCGGUCGCUUCCUCUGCGCCGCCGCCUACCCGAACAUCCACGACGUCGUCGACCACUACGCCAGCAAGUACCCUCACCUCGACCUCCUCAGAGAGACCGAGGAGGUGGCGAGGGUGCAACCUGAGAGGAACAAGCUGGGGGAGCUGGGUUUCCGGUACAAGUACGGGAUGGAGGAGAUACUGGACGGCAACGUUGAGUGGGCAGCGAGGCUGGGGCUCCUUGAUGCUUCCAAGCUCAGCGCGCAACACAACGAUAUGAACGAACCCAAUUAUUGA